AUGUCAUGUAAAACAGUAUUUGCUGGAGAAAUUUCUGCUGGAUAUAGAGAAGAAAUAAAAACUACAAUAAAUACAAAAGGAAUUCACCCGAAACUUGUUGGAUUCCUUGCUAAUCAAGAUCCAGCGGCUUUUAAGUAUGCGGAAGCUACAGCAAAGACUUGUGCGGAGACAGGAGUUGUAUUUGAAUUAAAAAAGUGUAAUAGAGAAGAUUUAGAAGAUGAAAUCGUGAAAGCUAAUGAGGAUGAAAAUAUAAAUGGUAUAAUGGUUUAUUAUCCCGUUUUUGGAGAUCGUCAAGAUCAAUAUCUUCAAAAUGUUGUUGACUCUUCCAAAGAUGUCGAAGGGUUAUGUCACAAGUAUAUAUAUAAUAUGUACCACAAUAUUCGAUUUCUUGACAAGGCGCAGACCAAAAAAUGUAUCAUCCCUUGCACACCUUUAGCUAUAAUCAAAGUAAUGGAAUAUAUUCGCGUAUAUAAUCCAAUUAUCACAUAUGGGAAUCGUUUGCAUGGCCGCAUAAUCACCAUAGUAAACAGAAGUGAAAUUGUUGGACGACCUCUUGCUGCUUUAUUAGCAAAUGAUGGUGGAAAAGUUUAUUCCGUUGAUAUUAAUGGCAUUCAAGAAUUUAAUCGUGGUACUGGAUUGAGACUUAAAAAGCAUGAGGUUUCAAUUCCCGGCUGGACUUUAGUUGAUGCAUUACUUGGUCUUGAUAAAUACGUCUCUUAUCAAAUAUAUUGGAUGCAUGGUCAAGUCGGAAAAUUGUUCAUCAAUAGAAGAUAUACUGACUUUUAUAAAUUGCAUAAGAAACUUGUUCAUAAAUAUGGAAAUUCUGCUAUUCCACCACUAACCCCAAAGAAACGAUAUGGAAGAUUCAAUCCUGAUUUUAUCGAAUAUAGACGUUUUCAUCUCGAAUUUUAUUUACAAUAUCUUGCAUUAACCAAUCGAGACGAAUUAAUUGCAUUUCUUGGUGGAAACAAACAGGGUACAAAAAUACUAACAGACGGUGGUCCCAGGAAUACGAAAAACAAAUCAAAUAUUAUAAUUAAAUCUGAUCUUCCUCAACGUGGUUGUUUAAUCACGGGUUCCCGACGUAACGAAAAGAUUCGUGUUCAUUUUGCUGAUGAAGUU